AUGCGGCUGUACGCCAUAUUACUUUUCACAGCCCUCCUAGCAGUUGUGGUCGCGGAAUCAAGACAGAAAGCCCGCGCCCAGUCGAGGCCGAGCUGGCGGGGCGCUAAAGGAGCCGCCAAGCGCCAAUCCUACGACGAUUUCACGGCCGGAAAUAAAUUGCCGGGAGCCGAGACGUUUCCAGCGCCUCAGCCAGCACCACAAUCACCAGCCCCUGAAGCUCAACCCCAGAAAUAUGGGGAUGAUGACCAAAAUUCGUAUUCUGACAAGCAACAGCAGCCACAACCGGAAGUGGCUCCGGUAGCGCCGGCAUAUCCGGAAGAUACCACUGAUGCACCAGUUCAGGUCACCGAUGCUCCCUACGAAGAGCCCACCCCCACUCCAGCUCCGGCUUAUCCGGAAGAAACGGCUGCCCCGGCCACCGAAGCUCCUUACGAAGAGCCCGAAACUGCGGCUCCUGCACCGGCUCCAGCUCCAGCCCCUGCUCCAGCUCCAGCUCCAGCUCCCACCUAUGAGCCCGAGGCCAUCGUGCCGAUGACCGAAGAGCCGUACGUGCCGGCCGAAACGACAACUCAGUCCACGACACAACAAACAACACCCUACCAGGAGCCAUACGAGGAGACCUAUGAUGACGAGACGAACGCCCCGGAAACGCCGGCCCCAACGACGGCCGCUCCCGCGAAGCACACCUACGGCCCCAGGCCCAAGCCGACGCCCGCCCCGAAGAAGUACACGAACCACAGGCUGGACUACCCCAUCGCGUCGUGCUACACCAAUCCUGAUGGCUUCAUGUGCUGCAACAGCACGCUGGAAGAGGUGCUCAAGGACGCGUACCAGCUCCUCGACAAGAAGACCGGCUGGAUGAACUGCAACUCGCAGCAAAUCUCCAACGCCGUUCAGGAGCGUUGCGAGAAGAAGUUCGGCACGCCCUUCGAGACGAUCACCGGCAUCGGCGAUUUCGCCUCCAAAUCCCACUUUUAUUCGGAUCUGAUCUGCAAGAUUAAGAGGGAGGGACGCUUCAUCCUGGCGUACGCGACGCCGAAUCGACACGAGAAGCCGAUCACCAGCCGCCCGUACAUCGUGCCCACCGAGACUGAAGCCGCGCAGCCGCCCACCUACUUUGUGCCCAAGGCCCGCCCGCUCGCCCCGGCAGCGCAAGUUCCGGUCGCCCCAGCUGCAAAUUAUGCCGAGGUUUUUCUAAUCGAA